GAAGCUGAAGAAAUGUUGGUAAUAAGAAAUGACUGUCAGAUAACAACUGGAUAUAAAGAAGGUAUAAUCAACAAUUUAAUAGCCACAACUCAGAAAUUAUCAGAAGAGCAUGGAGGUGGAGGAUGGAUGCAUUUUGAUGAUUUUAAAGACAUUCUUAGUAAUCUAACAUUUGGUGGUGCUGCUAAUAUAAAAAAAUCAAUGUUAAAGGUGGGCUUAGAUAUAGGAGGACCUGAUCAGGUGCCAUUUGAUUUUACUGCUAAUGGAGAGUUAAUAGAGAUAAGAGGCAGAAUUGGCAUUGACCCAGGUGGAUCUACAGUUGUAAGAUUCUUGAUGUUCAAAACACUACAAAAAACACUUGAAUACAGUAAAAAUAUCCCAUCAAUGAAAGAAUUUGUUAUCUUUGGGAACAGUGGUAAUACUGUUGAUUCCAUUGGGGCAUACAAGGUUGCAGAAGUAGUUGAUAAUGCAACAUCUACAAUUAUUGAAACAAUGACAGAAUCUACCAAAACAGUAAUGAUAACUGCUGAUGCUGUAGUAGGAAUGAUGUUUGUCAAUAAUCCUCAGAUAAUUAUCAGCCUCAAUGUUCCCAUAGCAGCAUUAAGUAUACUAUUACUGGCAGCUUUGUAUUAUUUAUAUAAGAAUAAUAAUUAUAAGAGGAAAAAUGGUCUACUCAGAAUAGCAGUUAGU